UCCGCUUUUAGCCUUGGCUAAAUCUAUAUAUUAUGUCUGUCCGCUUAUGGACAGUGAAAAUUAGCCAAUGAGCGCCCGAGAAUUUCCGCAGUUAUAGUAAAAUUAGCAAUUCACUUCGUUCCUUAGUCCUUGGACCCGAUUCCUAUUCCAACAUUUUUUCUUGUUUUGUCCCGGACUGGUCACGUGUCUUCUAACAUUGCUGCAGUACAGUUUGCACGCAUCCGAGGUCAUCGCAAUGCGCUGGAAUUUCUUGAUUGCUGCAGUUCUUGUACCUGUUAUUUGUUUCUUACUUUUCAAAUUCCAAGAUGGUGAUUUUACAUUGAUGAUUUAUGAGAUGAUCGGUCAAGAUCCAGCGGUUGCCUUGCGUGGGAAAGUGGUCUGGAUUACUGGCGCUUCGAGCGGUAUCGGUGAAUAUUUGGCUUAUGAACUGGUCAAAUAUGGCUGCAAAUUAGUGCUGUCUGCGAGAAGGAAGGUAGAAUUAGAGAGAGUCAAGAAGAAUUGUGCAGUCAUUGCCAUUGCUCAUGAUUCUUCGUUCAAAACAGAUCAAGAUAUUCUUGUCCUUCCUUUGGACUUGCUAAAAUAUGACACACAUGAAAAACGGAUCCAGGAUGUCCUCAACCACUUUGAAAAGGUUGACAUUUUGGUGAACAAUGCUGGUAGGUCACAGAGAGCUUGGCUGGAAAAAUCAUCAUUAGAGGUGGAUAGAGCACUUUUGGAUUUAAAUGUUGUUGGUACCAUCUCUUUGACCAAAGCAGUUCUCCCACAUAUGAUUGAACGUCAUGAGGGGCAGAUUGUGGUGGUGAGCAGUAUCCUGGGAAAAAUUGGGUUUCCUUUUAAGGCAACUUUGUCUGCCAGUAAACAUGCAUUGCAGGGCUACUUUGAUACUGCACGGCUGGAGCUGGCUGAGCACAACAUUCAUGUACAGACUGUUCUGCCAGGACCUGUUAAGUCAAACAUUGCUCUUCAUUAUUUCACUGAGAAUAUCGAUGAUGAACUUAAAGAUGCACAAAAUUUACCUCAGUUAGGAAUGAUGUCAACUGAGCGCUGUGCACAUUUAAUGGCAGUAGGCGUGGCAAACAACUUGGAUGAAGUUUGGAUUACAGAGACCCCACCCUUACUAAUGUUGUACUCAAACCAGUAUUUACCAAACCUCUAUAGAUGGCUUUCUAAGAAGUUCUUAAUGGAAAGAAUAGGAAGACUUUACACGGACAAGAAAUCUUUAUCGAGGCCAAAAAGUCACAGACUUGCAGAACAGUCAUGAAAUUAUAACACUGUACGUCCCGCGUAUUACACGAUCGAGAAUUCUUCAUCAGAUACCAAGAAGGAACAGUCAGACUUGUUAACAACCUUGACAACGUAACAUUGUAGCUUUCUCGUUCUAUAUUCUUCACAUGACGUCUCUACAUGAAAAUCGUUCGAGACCUGAAAUUCCUGAUCACAUACUUUUUGGUAUGCAACAUACAGAACAUUAGCUACUAUGAGAUUUAUAUCGUGGUAGCGAGGUCAGAGCUGAAGCGCAAUCGGGCGAAUGUAAUGAAUAUCUACCCAUCGUCUUGCACAACACAAGAGAGUGAAAGCACCGACUAUUUCGCGUUCUUUUAUAGUUACCGUAUACCUUUUGAGGUGUCUCGCGUCCAAGCGACGUAGCGCGAUAUGUAAACCCAUCGGACGAUGGUGUUACAGGUUGUGAAAAAUUCGACAAUGUAUGUUAUUUCAAAAUUCUUGGUAUAUUUCGUAAGCUUUAAUUGAUAUAUCGGGGCUUAGGUAUCCACAGUUAAACCGUACGCUCUACAUAGUUUGGACGCAAGACACCUAAAGAUAGACGGUAACCUUAAGUGUGAAUACUGACAGCUUUUCCAUCUGGCAUCAUAUUUUCAAGCCACUAGCUUAUCCUCCUUUAGAAGCAUUCUUCAUGAACACUUAUUAAUAUAUAACAAGCCUUAGCUUUA